AGCUAAUGGAAUGAUUUAGCAGUAUAGCUCUGGCAGUGAAUGAAUUAAGUUCCUAACAAGCAAAAUGUUGAAAGUGCGCAGCGGUCUAUCUAUAAUUCAGGCGCAAAAAGCAGCCCUCUCUGUCAGCAGUCCGCUGCGUUGGCAGACCACAGCAGCUGUAGCAGAGCCCAGAAAUGAUGCAGAGUGGCUACAAGCUCGUCCCUUUGAUCAGAUUCCUAGUACAACUUUUCUGUCUACUGUUCGGAAUUUUAUGCCUGGAGGAAAAUAUAGCAAACUGGACAUUGUGAAAUUGUUCAAAGCUUUGCAAGACGACUAUGGAAACAUAUUAUAUUUUACCAGGUAUGAUGGAGGUACGUCAUACCUGAUGACUCACAAUCCCAAGGAUUUCGAGGUCGUGUUCCGGAACGAAGGAGUGUGGCCGCAUCGGCCUGGCAGCGAUACUCUUCGCUAUCAUCGGAAGACUCAUAGAAAGGAUUUCUUCCAGGGAGUGGAGGGAGCUUUACCCACACAAGGAAAAACCUGA